CUUUAUGUCUCCAGCUCUCUGCAAGCCUGGUUGUCCCACUGUCCCUCUGCAUCCUACUGUCCCUCUGUUUCUCUCUCUGUCCUCGGUAGGAACAUGAAUCCAUGGGUGUUGGCUCUCCUGCUCUCAUCAGCCUCAGUUCUUGCAGGUGAUGAUGGCUGGGCUCUAGUGGUCCAAGCGGAGGUCAGAGCUAUGGAAGGCUACCCUGUGGUGCUACCCUGCUCCUUCAGCCACCCCCUGCACUCCCAUCAUGCCUCGCUGCAGGUGAGCUGGAGGCGGGGCCACGGGGCUGACUCUGUCGUGGUGUUCCACUGUGUGAGUCGGAGUGGAGCAGAGGGCUGUGAGCCGGAGCUGCACCAGGACCAGAGGUAUCGUCUGGAAGGAAAUCCACGUGAACAUGAUCUGUCCCUGCGCAUCAAUGGCGCCACCCUGCAGGACAGCGGCCGCUACUACUGCCAGGUUGAAAUCCAGGGCAAGGAGCACAGUGACAAGAUGGGCACCAGAGUGAGGGUGGAAGCUCCUCCAAAGAUCCUCUCCGUGACUCUAGAGGGCAGCUCUGACUCUGGGUACAGCGCAGUAUGCCGGGUGCAGGGCUCUCCCCUCCCGGAUGUGCAGUGGCUGGACCCGGACGUGUGGCUGCAGGGCUCCGGGGCCGAGGCUCUGGCAGAAGGGUCCCACUACCACACAGAGGGCCGCGUGCAGGACCUCCGCCCGCACACACACUAUACGUGCGCUGCCACCAAUCCACUGGGGCGUGACCAGGCCACUCUCUACUUUCUCCAACCCCCACCCCUGUGCGCAGGGGGCCUGGAGCCGCUCACCCUGCUCCUGUCCUUCGCCCUAGGGUCAAAGUUGGUGCUGCUACUGGGGGCGGGGCUGUGGAUGGUGAGGAGAGGGACCCUGCAGUGCCCCCAGUGCCCCAAGUUAAAAGCAAUUUUUAACCUUAAUUGAACUGCGUUACUGCACAAUACACUCACUAGAAUCAUAAGUUUUUGUUUGUUGUUGUUUUUGGAAGUGAAGUAUUUGAACUGUGUGUUCAUCUAAUCCACUGCAGAACAAAACAGUAGGCCUACAGCGUACUGAAAAACACGCAUGUUUAUUCACUAGGGUCCCACUUCCCUGUCUGGAUGAUU